GGCUAGCUAAAUAAAAUGAGUGGCUUUGGUAUCACUCAAGAUCAUUGCAGGUCAUCAGGUUUUAUCACCAAUUAUGAUUAAAUUUAUGCUACUAUUUUGUAUUUCUCUCUGAUCUGAUACUAGUAUAGCGUUUAGAUGAGAUGCCUGCUGCAGAAAAAUCAAAAUUGUGUCCCAUGUUAACUGGAAAUCAACAGAAGAAGAAAAGGUCUUGCAACACAGAUUCAUCUCUGGCGGGUGAAGAAUGUGACAAAACAUGCGAACCAUUCAACCCUGCAGACUCAGCAUUCAACCAUGCAGAAUCAACAUUCAACCCUGCAGAAUCAGCAUUCAACCCUGCAGAAUCUCUCCUUCGCGACCUGAGAUCUCUUCCUGCAUGGGAGUGGCAGAGAAUCACAGCCGAGCACCUUAAUUUGGACUAUGCUGUAGUUUUCCCAAAAAUCAUUGCUGCUAAAAUUUUCGAUGCUCUGGAAAAAGAACUAGAAUAUUUUACUGGGGAUCUAGCUCGUGUCAAAGUCUUUGGCAAGUGGCAUGACAUCCCUCGCAAGCAGGCAACGUACGGCGACGAAGGCUUGACGUACACCUACUCCGGCAUCACGACUCCCGCCAGACCGUGGACCGCGACACUCGGCGCUCUAAGGGAAGUCCUGCACACUGCCACGGGAUACCGCUACAACUUCGUGUUGGUCAACAGAUAUGCAGACGGCAAAGACAAGAUGGGCGAGCACAAGGAUGAUGAGAAGGAGCUUGACCCUCUCGUCCCUAUCGCCUCCGUGAGCUUGGGGCAGCCCAGAGACUUCUACUUCGUGCAUCAAGACGCGCGUUCCAAAAAACGGGACGUGCCGAAAGUGCGUCUGACGCUGGGUGACGGUAGCGUGCUGCUGAUGAGACCGCCUACCAACCAAGUGUGGUACCACGCACUACCACCCCGCGCCUCAGCCAAACACACUCGCAUCAACCUCACUUUCAGGGCAAUCAAGAAACGCUCGUGCCGGCCAUCUUUCUGAGUUUCAAGGAAUUAUUUUCCUUCAGUCGCGAAUGUGCAUUUCGACUGAAAAUAAAUCAUAUAUCAACGAUUAAUUUUUGAUCUUGGAUCAAUAUUUAAUUUUAGUCCCAAUCAAAAAUACGCACAAGAUGAACCUGUAUUGUCAUCCUCCUCUUGUAUUCAACUGGAAUUGUUGGUCGCAUUGAACUCGAGCAGCUAUUUUUACAGAGAAACUUGAAGCGGUGAUACCGGCAGAAAGCGAUGGUCGGGCUGACGGUAUGCGUAGGCAUGAUCAGUUAUGCAGGUUCUAACUUCCCGCUUAUUUAAAUUUUGAGCUCAUUAUUGGAUAAAUUGAUGAGACAUAUUCCUUCUAUAAUUAUUUUUCACAGGUGACAAGAAUUUUUUAUUUGUUCCUAAUGGUCAGAGGUUGAAUUCCGUGAAAUUUGUGCUAGUCAAUCUUAUUUAAUUUUAGUCUAAUUUUCUUCUGAAAUCUAUGAUAUGGAGAAAUAUUUUGUCAGGAUGAGUAAUUGUUAUGUAUUAACAUUGCUCUCGUGAGUGUAUUGAAACGCCUGCGUCGAGGCUAAUAUAUUUUAGCCUGAAACUUGAAAACUUCUAUUUAAUUCAAGAUUUUUCUGUUUAACUCAGCAAGAAAAAAUAAUGUUCAGCUUAAUGUUCAUCUUUUAUUAACUUCGGAUGUUAUGCAUUGUUCGUAUGCUUUUUCAAUAUUAAAGUAAAGUCCGUUAUAUACUGAAUAAUUCAUAACCUUGAACCUAAUGAACCCAAUGCAUAUUCGCUUUAAGUUUGU